AUGUCCAAGUCACGUAUGCCAGUGUACUUAGGCCUUGCCGCUGCUGGUGCUGGCGGAUAUUAUCUAUACCGUGCAGGAGGCGAUCCCAAAAGAGCCACUAGGAAAUUCGAAGAUGAUGCUUCUCGCGCUGGGUCGAAAAUCCGAGACGAGAGUAACAAGGCGCUGGGCCAUGGGAGUGCUGAACAGGUUGGAGCAAGCAUAGAUCAUGCGGAUGAGAGAGCGACCAAAUUUGCCAAGGAAGAAGCCGAAAAGCUCAACAAAGCCCGUAAAGAUGUUGCCAAAGAUAUAAAUGAAAAAAUCGAUUCAUUCGACAAGAGCGUUGAGCAUAAAGCGGCCGAGGCUCAAAAAGGCAUCUCCUCCUGGUUUGGCGGGAAGAAAUAA